GUGUGGCAGAUGACUCGGACUGUAUCGGGGAGCGGAGUCUAAGGUGCCGCUGGUUUUCAUCAGAGCCCGCCGCAAGGCAGGAUGGUCUUGCUGCGGCAGGCGACACCCAGGUCGCUACCCCCGACAUGGCUCGAUCACACAGGUAACUGGGCAAGGCAAGGUACAGAAGGAGAAGACUGUAGCAUAGUCAAACGUAGCAGAAGGUCAAGGCAGGCGGCAAAGGCAGCUGGCUAUGAGGGAUAUGAUUCUGAUUUUAGUGAUGAAGACGGAGACUCUGAAAAAAAUGUCAAGAAAAAAAGGAAAAAAGAUGAUGAGGAGUUGCUUAGAAAGCCCUUCCAGAAGGAGAAACAUGGGAAGGUGGCGCACAGACAGGUGGCGGAGCAGGAAUGGGACAGGGAGGAAGCACGAAACCAGCGGUUCCACCUUAUCUCUAUGGAUGCCUUUGCCAGGCAUCAGAAAUUUGUAAAUGACUACAUUCUGUAUUAUGGAGGAAAACUACAAGACUUCCAACUUUCCAAAGGGAAUCGUAAGACAGACAUAGAUGUAAUUCGAGAGAACCACAGGUUCCUUUGGGAAGAAGAAGAUGAAGAAGAGAUGACUUGGGAGAAGAAAAUUGCAAAGAAAUACUAUGAUAAAUUAUUUAAAGAAUAUUGCAUAGCGGAUCUUAGCCGAUACAAGGAAAACAAGUUUGGGUUUCGAUGGAGAGUGGAAAAAGAAGUCGUCUCUGGGAAAGGUCAGUUUUUCUGCGGCAACAAGCGCUGUGAUGAAAAGGAAGGCCUGAAGAGUUGGGAAGUAAACUUUGGCUAUGUGGAGCAUGGGGAGAAGAGGAAUGCCCUUGUUAAACUGAGGCUGUGUCCAGAAUGUUCAUACAAAUUGAAUUUCCACCACAGAAGAAAAGAGGUCCAGCCAAAAUCUCAGAAAAGAAAAUCAUCUAAAGCGGCAGAAGAAAAUCCCAGUAAAAAGUCUAAAGAUUCCCGGAAGAAAAGAAAAGUCAAAGCUACGUCUUCAUCUAGAAAUAAAGAUUCCAGUGAAUCAGACACAGAUGACAAUAAGGAAGAUGAUGUGGACGAUGAUGGUGGUGCUUCCAAUGACAUCUGGAAAGGCCCCCAGCAAGUGACAGAUGAGAAAACAAGGGAAGAAGAGUUUGAUGAAUACUUCCAAGAUAUGUUCUUGUAGAUAAUUAACAUUGGUAUAAAAAAAAUAA